AUGACCGGCGUCGGGCAAGAUCCAUGGCUUUCGAGCACAGAUCCGGUGCCCACCGCCCUGGAUCUGAAGCGGCUGGGUGGCGCGCCGUCAGGUAGGGCACCCGCGGGCUGCACGACGAGAUCCGCCGCUCGGGCUCCGCGAAGGUUUCAAGCGCCAGGUGCACGGCGUCAGCAUCUUCGAAGGUGCCUGGCGACCGACGCCAAGAGGCUCCUGAUCCGCCAGUGCCAGAUCCGGCGGGUCCGACUCCAGCAAAGGCUACGCCUCCGGGACCAGCACCAAGGGGACCCGGCGGUGGUGCCGACGCUAAACCCGAGGCUGCCAUGGCCGGCGUGGCGCCGUUGGCGUCAGGGGCUGUCGCGUUCCACCCGCCCUUCGCGCAGCUGUGGAUGGUGCCCGCUCGGCCUGGUCCUCGCCGGCACCCCGCCCAUCGUCUGCCAGGCACCCCGCUUCAGUUCCAAACCUCCAGGUGUGCCAUGCAAUGCUGGGCCUCAUUGGCUAUGGCGAGGCACGCCCAACUCAGCAGUGCCAGAUGGGCCAUCCGCCGACGCCUGCCUUGGUCGAGCGCCGGCCUGGUUUCGGGCCUUGGGCGGGCCGUUGUUGGCUGAGGCGAGCCCACGGCGACCGGAUCUAGCACGGCUUCCGGCAGCGGCGCACGCAGGCUCCAACGAAGGUUUCCCGCACCUGUAG